GUACACAUGUGUACAAGUUAUACGAACCUUGCGCCCUGCAUUUACACACUUCGACGUUAAUAUUACGUACUAGUAUUUUGUAAAGUUUUGUAAUUAUUUAUAUUGUAAAUUGAGUUGUGAUUAUUUGUUCUUACAAUGUUUGCGAGACUUCAAACAUUGUUUUUCUCGGCGAAGGAUAAGAGGGAUCUCUUAUCACACAAUAGCGUUUGUGAGGAGAACAGCUUCACAACUGUCUCGACGUCAGACUCCUCUAGCGAGCAGAAUGUCGAAAUAGAAGAUAAAUCGCCGCCGUUAGUGGAGACAACGUUAGAACCAAUACACAAAGGCCACGCUGCAAUGCGUUCAAACCCCGACAGCGAUGAAGUUAGUGUCGCGGUACUUACGUUUCUUCUUGCGGCAGUGUUUGAUGUACGAAGUAUUCCCGUCGCUUCGAUGUGCAUGGCGCCGUCGUUCAUUCCGAAAACCGGCUCCACCAUGCCUAGCACUACAGCGGCUGAUCAAAAAUCUCAUGCUGACAUGUCGUAAUUAGCGCCAAGACUGCACAGACCUGCUCACAUCUACUACUAGAAAGAAGCACGAUGAAGAUGGUAAAUUCAAUACUAUGACACAUCAGGAUACAUUCUGUAAAAACAAAUUGCUGAUUCCAUUGAUUUUCAUUCCAUUCCAUAUUAAAUUGAAAUUAAAUUAAAUUAUAUUUUAUAUUAUUUACACAUAUUGAGUCAACACACGACAUAAUUGCCAUGUACACAAAAGGAGAUAAAAAUCCUUAUGAAGAAAUUUUGUACCAAAAUCAAGAAACCUGCUCGCUGUAGAACUAAAUACAAAUAUAUACUUCUCCUUCACAAAAGCGUUCUUAUCAUCAAAAUCAUUGUUUGCAAACAACAUUUCCAAGUAUGAGAAGAAAGUUAGGAUAUAUAGCAGAUCAGAAAUCGGAGUCCAUUAAAAGUGAAUACUACGCACUAAUAGAGCUCUAUACCCAUUCAACUUGCAUUGCAAUGGAACUAUAUUCCGUUGGAUUUAGAUAAAGAAGACUAUAACAGUGCAUGUAAAUAUCGCAAAGUCCGAUACAGAAUCUUUGAGAAGCGAUUUCGCCGGAUCGUUAGAUGUUUUAUAAUAUUUUAGAAGCUAUUGAAGGAAAUUGUGUUCUUGCAGAUAAGACUGAAUUUACAAAGACAACUAGAACUGUCUCAUAAUCGUGAGAGGUUCUUUC